AUUUACAGUCAGCUGGAGUGUCUGUUCUAUAUUGUUGUAUUAGAUUCAGAUUGUGUGAAGAUGAAUAGGAAAGUGCAGCAAGCAUGACAUCUCUGGCCAACAUCGUUCCUUCCCCACAGUCUGAGUGGGUCUCCUUCAGUGAUGGACUUCACCGUUCUGUUACUUCCCAAGGUUAUACUAGGGAGCCACUUGAGAGAUUUCUUUCCUCCUCUGAUACUUCCUCUGAAGGCAACCAAAAUCUAGAUGGAGAACUGCCAAGUCUUUCACAUGCUGAAUUAGGAGAAAGAAUAAACAAAACAGCUGUAGGCCUUGAUCUGUCUUCAUCCUUCAGCACGUGGGUCCAGUUUGAAGAUGCACCCUGGACCAACAGUUCACCAGAGCAUCCAUGUACAGCCUCAUCUCCAAAAAUAUUUUGUUGGAUGUGUCCCUCCUUGGAAUAUUCAGAGAGACAACCUCUUACUUCAGAGAGCAGUUGGACAACUACUUCAGAGAACAGUAGCAGCCCAAGUAUCACCCCUUCCUACACUGAUCUUCAAUCAAUAAAUACGGAGGAUUUGGUUAGUGGAAGAGCAUCUGCUGCAGACUCAACUG